GACUUACGACUUGCGACGUUACGAUAUGACCAAUGUAGAUCCGGCUUAAUAUCCAAACUCGAGACCUCGAGAUUGUACGUGCGGUUGUGACCGGCGGUAAACGCCAAGCGGCGGAUUUUAUUUUCGGUUAUUAAUAAACUGUCAUCACGUCUUUCCAAUUUGCAUCUUUUGGAAAUAACAUGGUACGAGGUCGUGGGGGAAUGAUCAGAGGUGGUCGAGGAGGUAUGGGUCGUGGAAUGGGUUUUCCACGAAAACAAUUCCUUCCACGUCAUCCAUUUGAUUACACGCUGUGCGAGGCUGCUUUUCCACGUGUUAAACCCGCGCCAGAUGAAUCGGAUUUUCAAACGGCUCUUUUGAAAAAGAAUUCUGACAUGUGUCCUACACCAAAGGAGCAAACUUCUAUUUUAAACCUUGUAACUAAAUUGCAGAGUGUUCUUGAUAAUUUGAUUGUUGCGCCAGGAACCUUUGAAGCUUGCCAAUUAGAGGAAGUAAGACAAGUUGGCAGUUUUAAGAAAGGCACAAUGAUAAAAGGUCACAAUGUUGCUGACAUUGUAGUUAUCUUGAAAACUCUACCGACGAAAACAGCAGUAGAAGCUCUCGGGAACAAAGUCAAUAAUGAUCUGAAAGCUGUAAAUCCGAAAGAAAUGUUCAAAGUUAUGCAGACGGAACGAGGAUUCGAUAUUGGUAAUACCGAAGCCACUGUGCGUGUAUUAAUAACCACUUUGCAUCAAAAUCUACGCAAACUGGAAUCUGAUCAACAUUUAGAUGUCAAAAUUUGUCAAGGCCAUCUUGCUGCUAUUAGACAUUCACGUUGGUUUGAGGAGAAUGCUCAUCAUUCUAGCAUUAAAGUUUUAAUACGCUUACUUCGUGAUCUCAGAAACAGAUUUGAAGGUUUUGAGCCAUUAUCCCCAUGGAUGUUAGACUUGUUGGCACACAAUGCCAUAAUGAACAAUCCCAGCAGACAGGCAUUACCAAUUAAUCAGGCAUACAAAAGGGUAUUGCAAUUGCUUGCUUCCGGACUCUUUCUCCCAGGAUCAGCAGGUAUUUCCGAUCCGUGCGAGGGUGGUAACAUACGCGUGCAUACCGCGAUGACGCUCGAACAACAAGAUCUCGUAUGCCUCACUGCUCAGACAUUACUGCGUGUAUUAGCUCAUGGUGGUUACAGACCAUUGUUGGAAGGCUCUAACAAGCUCGCGGUAGAGAUGAGUGUAUGGGCGGCUGGGGUAGUGGCGAGUCCGUUGGAGAAAGCAUACGAGCCUCCCACGGAACAGGAACAGCAGGAAGACAUGGAUGAAAGCAAUGAGGAAAUGAUUACUGAAAGCAUUUAAAUUUUUUGGGUAUACACUUUUCGUACAGUGAACUGUUUUCUUCUUUUUGAAAUAAAAUAAUACUUUCUUAUUGUCGUUUCUUAUAAAACUGUAUUUAACAUUCGAAGAUACAUUUCGAUAAGUUUCGUUGAUGAUCUUAAGAUGAUAUUCUGUUCAUAUUUAUGGGAACGAUUCGAGAAUGCGUGAUUCGUCGUAAAUAAAAUAAAGAUUAAAUUAAUGUGUAAUCUACAAAAAAAUUCGAUUAUAUAACUCUACUUUCUAAGAAUUUUUUUUACAUAAUAAAUAGCACCUUCUAUACUCUCACUCACAAUUGUAUAAGUGGAAGAGAUUUGAUCUCUAAAGAUUCGGCUUAAAUAAUCUUUAUGAUGUCAAUUUUUCUUAAGGAUAUGCAAGUUAAUGAUUAUGUGUGUCAACAAUUUACUGCGUAAAUAUACCGAAGCUCCAUCUCAUUUAA